UAGCUAGACAUUCCGAUUAAAGGUGCAUGGAAUCCAAACAAAUAAGUACUGGAAAGAAGUGGAAAAACCUGUUUCUCUAGAAAAAAUAGGAGAGAUUGAGGGCAAAUGGAUAGCUAACACAAGAUGUGUUGGACAGGUCAUCAGAAAGGGAGUGAGAGAAAGACCACUAAAGCUUGACUUGACAUUGUGAUAAACUCUCCUAGAUGAGAGAUAAGGGCUGUGGUGGAAAGAAAUGGUGGGGGAGAAUGGGGGAUGGCGUGCAGCUGAAGAGGGUGGGGUUGAGACAGCACUGAAGGUGUGACUUAGGCCAACACAAAGCCACACGACAUCCGUGGAGCCUGACAAACCACAGAGUGUGGGCGGGAGGAGCAGAUUAACCCUGGACUAAACAGACUGACACAACAGGGGAGCAUGUAUGAAAUGUGUUGGUUUGUAUGACAAAAACGCCAAAGGAUUAUUUAUCACUGGAUUUUCAAGGUCUCCUUCUCAGACUCUGAGGCGCACACACACACAGAGGAUGUCGUCAGUGUCAGACUACCUCUGUAAUUCAGGAGAAACCAUCUGUGAGAUUCGUGUGUAUCAGCAGGAAGUGAUCAUCGUGCCCACCCUCCUAUUGGGGAGUUUCCUGGUCAUACUGGUUUUCAUCAUUCUUCUGAAGUUCUGCCCUGAGAAGGUGGACCGCCUCCGACCUCAGAACAACGUGACCCCGUCCCGACCACAGCGCCUCAGAAGACAGCUGCAUGGCAUUGAUGCUCCCCCGGGUAUCAACCCCAUGGAACAUGAGAGUAUCGCUCUCGACAUCCCGUCCUCCUACUCUACCUUCGCCCCCUCUCAGUCCUUCCCCAAUACUCCUGCUUACUCCAUGGGUGCCACCUCUCUCCCCAUCACACCUACGGUCCAGCCACGGGAGCUUCCUCGCCAGCGGCUGCCAGAGACCUUCAACCUGGUGGCGCCGCUGCCCAGAGACUUCUCCCUGCGCUCUGACCAGGCCGUCUCACUUUACAGGGCCCGCAUGGAGAACCGGAACGCUGUGCUCCGGGUCCUCAACGACUCUGCAAGUGCCACGGAGAGGCACAACUUCCUUGGUUUCGCUUCCUUCCUGUCCCAGCUAGGGCCACACCCCUUUUUGCCAGAGCUCCUGGGAGUUGUCUCUCUGCGUGCGCCCCUUGUUACCGUUAUCGAGGAGCUGGAGAACCGAGACCUGCUGGGCUUCCUGUGGCGGUGCAGACAGGAUGGUGUUGGCAGUGACCCUCCAUGCCAGAUCACAGAGAGACGGAUCUUCACAAUGGCCCAACAAGUGGCCUCUGCUCUGGAGUUCCUCCACAGACGAGACCUUAUCCAUGGCAACAUCUGUGCUCACAGUGUAUUAGUCAGUAAGGACCUGACAGCAAAGCUGUGGGGUCUGGGCAGUGUCUACACCAGGAAGACCCAGGGAGCCGCUCAGAACGAAUUCACCAGCCUCAAGAAGUGGCAGGCCCCUGAGCUAUUGGCUAGGAGACCUGCUAGUCAGAGCAGUGAUGUCUGGUCGUUUGGCAUCCUGUUGUAUGAAAUGACAACCUUGGGUGACGCUCCGUUUUCCGAUAUCUCUGUCAAUGAGCUUCUGCAGUUUCACCAGAGAGGGAAAACACUGAGAAAGCCAACCAACUGCUCCAAUUCACUGUACUCCAUCAUGAAGAGCUGCUGCCAAUGGAAGGAACAGGAUCGCACCACAUUGGCCGAGGUCGACCGCAAGCUCCAAUCAGGAGCGAAGAGUGCCAGUGACAAAGUCCUGAAGGUGCCUGAACCAAUUAGCAUCAACCAAUACCUGCAGGAAGCAGGAUAUGGGGAGUCCACCAACUACACUGUUUUCUGAGUGAUGGCUGUGACAUAAUGAAAUGCACUAUGCUGAGGGAUGAUGGAUGUUUAUAUACAGAACCAGUCAGAGGUUUGGACACACCUACUCAUUCAAGGGGAUUUCUUUAGUUUUACUAUUUUCCACAUUGUAGAAUAAUAGUGAAGACGUCAAAACAAUCAAAUAAUACACAUGGAACUAUGUAGCAAGCCAAAAAGUGUAAAACAGAUCAAAAUAAAUGUAUAUUUUAGAUUCUUCAAAGUAGCCAUUUGCCUUGAUGACAGCAUUGCACACUCUUGGCACACUUGGCUGCUACAUGACUCCACAAGUUAUUUAAUCGUUUUGAUGUCUUCGCUAUUAUUCUACAAUGUGGAAAAUAAUGAAACUAAAUACCCAUAAAUGAGUAGGUGUGUCCUUUUGACUGGUAAUGUAUGUAUUGCUACAUAGAAUGUCUCCGUUUAACUUUUUUCAGUCUAAUCAUUGCUUUCACUUCCCUGUCAUGCCUUUGAAAAGGGGUGGUUUAGGUCAGGAAAAGGGAGGAAUUUCUGUAUUAAAAUGCAGCCAUUGUCUUUGUACCAGAGACUUAAGAGGAGUGGAUUUCAAUAGAUACAAUAGUUAGGCUGACCUCCAUCUUGUUGAUUGUUUAUGUACUUAUGAAGGUUUUCCAAAUGUGUUACAGUUUACAAGAGUCAUAAUAUAUGAUUAUACUUAUUUUUCAUAAUUUGAAGGACUGAAAGAGCACAAGGCUUCAUCAGAGAUUUAUAGGAUGUGUAGUUUGUGGCUUGUUACAGUGUCUCAAGCAUGGCCAGAAGUCCUCUUUUAUUGACCAUGUGAGCUGACUGGGGAAGACUUGUUGAGCCCCUAGUUGUUCGGGUGAUGUGAUCAGAAUUACCUCCUGACAGUACAGAAGGUUACUGCUUAAAGUAUGGGCUAUAUUUAAGUUAGUUCACUGGUAAAUGUUGUACUAUGAAUUAGCAAAAACUGAGCAAUUGUAAAACACUGUGCAUUGUGGAACAGUGUACAAGUAAAACAAAAAUAAAAUUGUAAAACAGA